AUGGCUUUGCAACUACCUUAUAUGGAUGCCCAAGUUGAUUCUUUAAGAAACACUUUUGCCGAUGGAUACGUAGAGCAAGCGAUGUUUUAUGUCAACACCGUGGAUUGUGUAACAUAUAAUCGAUCUAAAAGGGGAAACUUUAUCCCUUGGCUGCCAGGGGCAGGGCUUCGUGGUGCUGCUUUGUCAAGACGUCUAUUCAAUCACCUUUAA